AUGAUUAAAUACCCGCAGUUAAUGGUCGCCGUCCCCGAUAUCCCAGGUACCUUCUCUUAUGGACUCUCUGGACUCAGGAAAAAAAUGCACAUCCUCGGAGACAAGCUUCAAUCGCUCAACCAGUCUCUUUUUUCUAAAACACAACAGCGUAUCAAUACAGACCCCGCAGCCGAGUUAGUCUCCCGGAUCCCUAACUCGUCGCAACGAGAUACAAUAACAGCAGCAUAUACUUUCAAAGAAGCAGCCAUUAGUAACUCUCACGGAAAGCCGGCUAGGACCCAUUCUGCCAAAUCCCCCUAUGUCACGCCCGAACCAACAAACCGCCGAAUGAAGUCACAGAGUGAAAAAGCCUUGUACUCGCAGAUAGAAAAUCACCCGGAUCUUUUGCUUCCUAGUCCAAUAGGUGCAAAAAAACGGAAAAGAGAGGCUGAUGGUAACGAGUUGCAGCGUGACAUUCCACUGAAGCCAUCUUCGGCAAAUCAUGAGGACACCACUUAUAGACGAGUUCAGCGGAAAACUGCCAUUUCGCUCUCUGACAAAGACACUCUCCUUUCAGACGCCUCCUGUAAUUCUCUAUGCUCUGACCAAGAAGGGUUUUUUCUGGUUCUGGAUGACCACAUCACCGUAUAA